GGUGCGGGAGGGCCGGGUCAAGAGUAAGCCAAAGGAGUAGAGGGCAACGCGGUGGGCGGGAGAGAGGCCGAGGGCCGCCCGGAGCGGGGGGAGCCGGGAGGACGGGACCAGCACUGGCAGACCCGGCCCCGCGCGGGGAAGGGGGCUCCUUCCUGCCCCAAUGCAAAACGUGGAAAUGGGGUUUUGCCAUGUUGCCCAGACUGGUCUCGAACUCCUGAUCUCAAGUGAUCCGCUCGCCUUGGCCUCCCAAAGUGCUGGGAUUACAGAGCCUCGCCAGAGAAGACGAGGGCAGAAAGCACCAUGAGUGGGGGCCCAAUGGGAGGAAGGCCUGGGGGCCGAGGAGCACCAGCGGUUCAACAGAACAUACCCUCCACCCUCCUCCAGGACCACGAGAACCAGCGACUCUUCGAGAUGCUUGGACGAAAAUGCUUGACGCUGGCCACUGCAGUUGUUCAGCUGUACCUGGCGCUGCCCCCUGGAGCUGAGCACUGGACCAAGGAGCAUUGUGGGGCUGUGUGCUUCGUGAAGGAUAACCCCCAGAAGUCCUACUUCAUUCGCCUUUACGGCCUUCAGGCUGGUCGGCUGCUCUGGGAACAGGAGCUGUACUCACAGCUUGUCUACUCCACCCCCACCCCCUUCUUCCACACCUUCGCUGGAGAUGACUGCCAAGCGGGGCUGAACUUUGCAGACGAGGGCGAGGCCCAGGCCUUCCGGGCCCUGGUGCAGGAGAAGAUACAAAAAAGGAAUCAGAGGCAAAGUGGAGACAGACGCCAGCUACUCCCACCACCACCACCAGCCAAUGAAGAGAGAAGAGGAGGGCUUCCACCCCUGCCCCCGCACCCAGGUGGAGACCAAGGAGGCCCUCCAGUGGGUCCGCUCUCCCUGGGGCUGGCGACAGUGGACAUCCAGAACCCUGACAUCACGAGUUCACGAUACCGUGGGCUCCCAGCACCUGGACCUAGCCCAGCUGAUAAGAAACGCUCAGGGAAGAAGAAGAUCAGCAAAGCUGAUAUUGGUGCACCCAGUGGAUUCAAGCAUGUCACCCAUGUGGGGUGGGACCCCCAGAAUGGAUUUGACGUGAACAACCUCGACCCAGAUCUACGGAGUCUGUUCUCCAGGGCAGGAAUCAGCGAGGCCCAGCUCACCGAUGCCGAGACCUCUAAACUUAUCUACGACUUCAUUGAGGACCAGGGUGGGCUGGAGGCUGUGCGGCAGGAGAUGAGGCGCCAGGAGCCACUUCCGCCGCCCCCACCGCCAUCUCGAGGAGGGAACCAGCCCCCUCGGCCCCCUAUUGUGGGGGGUAACAAGGGUCGUUCUGGUCCACUGCCCCCUGUACCUUUGGGGGUUGCCCCACCCCCACCAACGCCCCGGGGACCCCCACCCCCAGGCCGAGGGGGCCCUCUACCACCACCCCCUCCAGCUACUGGACGUUCUGGACCACCACCCCCACCACCCCCUGGAGCUGGUGGGCCACCCAUGCCACCACCACCACCACCACCACCGCCACCACCACCCAGCUCCGGGAAUGGACCAGCCCCUCCCCUACUCCCUCCUGCUCUGGUGCCUGCGGGGGGCCUGGCCCCUGGUGGGGGUCGGGGAGCGCUUUUGGAUCAAAUCCGGCAGGGAAUUCAGCUGAACAAGACCCCUGGGGCCCCAGAGAGCUCAGCGCUGCAGCCCCCACCUCAGAGCUCAGAGGGACUGGUGGGGGCCCUGAUGCACGUGAUGCAGAAGAGGAGCAGAGCCAUCCACUCCUCCGACGAAGGGGAGGACCAGGCUGGCGAUGAAGAUGAAGAUGAUGAAUGGGAUGACUGAGUGGCUGAGUUACUUGCUGCCCUGUGCUCCUCCCCGCAGGACACGGAUCCCCCUCCACCUGCUCUGUGCCCACCCUCCACUCUCCUCUUCCAGGCCCCCAACCCCCAUUUCUUCCUCACCAGUCCCUCCAAUGCUGUCAUCCCUGCCUGGUCCUCACACUCACCCUAGCAAUCCCAAGGCCCUUUUUAUACAAAAAUUCUCAGUUCUCUUCACUCAAGGAUUUUUAAAGAAAAAUAAAGGAAUUAUCUUUCUGUCUCUCUAUAA